UCUGUGAUAUUUAUUUUUGGAAGUCCGUGAGUGGAGUCAAGCGGAUAUAAUUAUAUACUUUUUUGAAACAUGUUAGCACAACUUCGCCAGAAUGUCUACUGAGAAUUGCUUAGUGAAAGCAAUAUAUUCAUUCAAGGGUAAAAACAAUGAUGAACUAUGCUUCAAAAAAGGUGACAUUAUCACUGUCACUCAAAAAGAAGAAGGAGGUUGGUGGGAAGGCACACUAGGAGAAACGACAGGAUGGUUUCCUAGUAACUAUGUGACCGAAUAUAAAGACACUUCUGGCUCUAUAACUACUUCUCCAAUAAGAGCAGCUUCAGAGAUUCAAGCUUUUAGAAAUGUAGUACUCAAGGAUAUAAUUGAUUCUGAAAAAGCCCAUGUAGCUGAGAUGCAAGGGCUAGUUAGCAACUUUUUACAUCCCUUGGAAGAAAGUGACAUGCUCACUAAAGAUGAGUUCAAGCAGUUAACAGGAAAUAUUAAUGAAGUGUUACAAGUGCAUGAACAGUUUCUUGAUUUAUUGGAAGAAUGUGCAAUGAAGACAGGGCCAGACCAAAGAGUUGGUGGCCUGUUUCUGCAGUGGGCACCUAAAAUAAAAGCAGUGCACCAAAUAUAUUGUGCUGGUCACCCCAAAGCUGUCUGUAUACUUGAUAAAUACAAAGAAGAGCUUAAUACAUGGAUGGAAAAUGCAGGGGCAGUUUGUCCAGGUGUACUGGUACUCACUGCAGGUCUAUCAAAACCAUUCCGACGUCUUGGGAAAUAUCCUGCAAUGUUGCAGGAAUUAGCCAGGCAUGUGCAUGAAGCUCACCCCGAUAGAGGAGAUACACAUAGAGCUUCAAUUGUUUAUAAAGAUAUUGCUAGUGGUUGUGCAGCUUUAAGACGCCAAAAAGAGCUGGAGCUUCAAGUGGUAACAGGAGAAGUUCGAGGCUGGCCAGGAGGUGAACUAACCUCCCUUGGUGAUGUACUUCAUAUGGGCAGUGUGGCAGUUGGUCCCUCCCAUCAAGAUCGGUACCUCGUACUGUUUCCAUCUGCCCUGCUUCUUUUGUCAGUCAGCAAACGUGUGUCUGCAUUUGUUUAUGAGGGAUGUCUUCCACUAACUGGUAUUACGGUUUGCAAAUUAGAUGAUACAGAAACAAGAAAAAAUGCAUUUGAAAUUAGUGGGCCGAUGAUUGAUAAAAUAGUUGCAGUCUGCCAAACCAGGGCCGAAGCAGACAACUGGGUCAGUUUACUUCAGAAACACUCCAAUAAUAGCAGCCCUACUCACGAGUCUGCCCAGCCACAAUCUUUACCUCAUUUGACCCGUUCUCCUUCUGAAGGGGCGCUGUCUAGCAUCAACUCUAGUCGACGUAGUCUAUAUCAUGUUACGCUCCCGCCGUCUAGUUACCCUUCGGCCUCACCAUAUUAUUCGCUCACAAAAUAUUUUGCGAGACUCGUUAAGAAAAAGGUUAUAACGCGGCAAAUGUUGCGUAAACUUUUACACGAAAAAACAUGGGCUAAGGCACUCGAAUUAACAGGUUUGCCGGUUAGACGAAGACAUAAAAAUCUAAUUAAACUUAAAAUAGAAAAUGACGGUACAAUUGCAACUGACACUGAAUAUUCCAACAGUGAUAGAGAGUCAGAAGAUAGUGAUAGAGAAAUUGAAUCUUAUUCAAAUUCGAGUUGUACGGAUGCUGAAGUCAGUAGCUCCUCUAAAAUCACGAGGCAAAAUGCAAUAGAUAGUAUUGGCCCCAGAACAAUAUCAUCGUCCGGUAGCAGUUGGGGCAGUAAUUUUGGAUAUGUUCGGUACUUCGAUUCUUCUACGGACAUGCAGUUCGAUGUGCCACAGUCUAAAAUUAAAGGUGAUUGUACAAAAAAAAUAUUCAUGUCUGAUCCUUCGAACACAAGUACAGAAAAUAUGAAUGCUAAUUUACUAGAUUACAACUUGCAAAGAUCAUCCCGAGGUAAUAACUUAAAUAUUUGUAACCAUGUAAAACAUUCCGAUAGUGCAGAGAAUUCUAGUUUUGAAGUAAGGAAUUACAUGGGUUGUGAGGAUUUAGUCAAUAUGGAUCAAAAUACACAAAUGGGUAACUUGGUUAAUGAUGAAACUGAUUUUAUUCCAACAAGGCGAAGUUUCCCUGAUUAUAGUGCGCGAAAUGAUAUGGUUCCUAAAUUAUGGAAGUCCGCUGAAGAAAGAUGUUCAUAUGAAGAUGAAUAUAAUAAUAAUAUUGUUAUGUCAGAUCUGCUGCAAGUUCUUGAUCCUCCCUCACCUAAAUACAGUCGUGAUUAUCCUAUUGAUUCGAUAAUUAUAGAACCGCCUCCUAUGUUCCGCAAUGAAGACGAAGAUUUGAAAAUAAUAAAUGUCAAUUUGAAUGCUAAUAUACCCUUUCGUAAACACUCGCUCAAUUCCGAUAAAAGAAUUAGGCGAUCUAUGUCGAGAUCUAUGGUGGAAACUGAGAAUAAGAAGAACAACAAUGCACACCUAGAAAGAAUGAGUUCUCAAUCUGAAACGUCAAAGUCACGUCGGAAAUGUGAAUGUUGUAAUCGGUCUCUAUGCCCAAGUCCCCGGUCUUCGGAUUCCGGAGUUGCUGGGAGUUGCAAUUUAGCAUCGCCCGAAUUGAACAUGCAUGGCAAUGAUUCCGACAGUCAUGAUAAGACAUCGGACGAUUUAAAGGACUCUCUUAAUAAUUUAUCUGAGAAUACAUUUGAAAAUCGAAGACUGACUCUAUCGGAGAUCGAAGCGGCUACUUUUGAAGAGCAGUGCCGGUGUACAUCACCCUUUGGCUCAACUGCAAGAACUUCAUGCGUUACAAGCGUUACUUCAGAAACCAGCUUCGACGUGAAGGAUUUAUCAAAUACGAACGUUAAAUCCACAUUCGUUGCCAGCCCUCCUUUGUCUUCGGCACAAAUAAAAAGAACAUCCAUACGUAGGAACAUUGACCGGUAUGUUCCUGAAAUAAAAAUAAAACCUGAAGUUCCACCGCGAGUUUAUCGAAAACCCAGUACUCAUAUAGAAGUUCCCAAAAAUGUUCGACAGCCAAUACCAUGUCAAUGGAGCACUUUAAACAUAACGGAGCGCACGAAGCCUAGUUUGCAUUACCACAUGCGCAUAUACAGGGAAAAACCGGACGACAAUGUCAAUAGACGAUCAAGAAAAGAUAUUUCACGUAAAUGUGAUGUUUAUAAAAAAGAAAACGAAGACAAAGAUGAAAAGUCUUCGUUAAUGUCUCAGAAAUCUCGCUCACGUAGCGAAGAUAUGUCGAAAUCGCAGAAAACGGGCUUUAUGGUGUAUCGUUCAGAUUUAUAUGCCCAUUGGUGGAUGAAAGCCAAAUUACCCAUUACCGUGGUCACCGACUCAGAUGGCCAUGAGCGACAGCAGUAAUGAAUUAUCGUCGGGCCUCAGCAACCAUAAAAGAUCCCAUUCAUUCAACAACCAUCAAAGCUACACUCAGCAUACUCAACAAACACAAAAAAAUAAACACAAGAAUCAAUCGGCGCGUUGGCUUCUGAAUUCUUGCGACUCGCUCGA